AAAAUAAGGAUGAAUAAAUCAUUUCAUGAAUUCGCUCGAUUAUCAGUUCAUAUUAUAUAAUAAUAAUAAUAAUAAUUUAAAACGGACGAUACAUUAAAGUUAUAAAAGAAAAUAUUUACGCAUAUAUAAAAAAGUGAUUUAUAAUUUACAAUGAAUUUAGAAAAAUUCUGCCAUUAUUUACCAAAAUUGGAACUUCAUGCUCAUUUGAAUGGAUCUUUAAGCACGGAUACUUUAAAACAAUUAUACAAAAUGCAAAAUUCUGAAUUAGGAAAUUAUGAAGAUGUAUUUAUGGACACGAAAGAUUUUUCAUCGUUAGACGAAUGCUUCAAAGUAUUUGAUAUAGUACAUUCAUUGACAGUAACACCAGAGGCAAUUUUUCAUGCUACUUAUAACACAAUUAAAGAAUUCCAAGAUGAUAAUGUAAUAUAUUUGGAACUUAGAAGCACACCUCGUGCUAUUCCUGAGAAAAUGUCAAAACAAGAAUAUAUAGAAGCAAUCAUAAAAGCAUUUGAAGUUUGCAAAAUUGAUUUUCCAAAUAUAUUAUUGAAGUUAUUAAUAUCUGUUAAUCGUAAACAAGGAUAUAAAGCAGCACAAGAAAACAUAGAAUUAGCAAUAAAUUUUAUGAAGAAAUAUCCACAAUAUAUUGUUGGACUUGAUCUCAGUGGAGAUCCAAUGACGGGAAAUAUUUUUUUGAAGUUAUUAAGAAAAGCUAGAAUGGCUGGACUUAAAAUAGCAGCUCAUUGUGCAGAGAUUUCGAAUGAAACAGAAAUAAUAGAUAUUCUUGAAUUUAAACCAGAUAGAUUAGGACAUUGUACUUGUAUUCAUCCUACAUUGCGAGGAACGAAUAAAUUAUUUAAUUUGCUUAUUAAUUCAAAAAUUCCUGUAGAAUUGUGUUUAACUUCAAAUGUUCAAUGUAAAACUGUACCUACUUAUGAAUCUCAUCAAUUUAAAUAUUUGUUUGAAGUUGGUCAUCCUAUUUGUCUUAGUACUGAUGACAAAGGUAUCUUUCAUACAUCUUUAUCUCAAGAAUAUAAAAUAGCUAGUUCAACAUUUAAUUUAAGCCGAGAACAACUAAUAAAACUUUGUUUAUCAUCCGUACAAUAUGCUUUUGUUACAUCAGAAGAAAAAGAAGUAUUAUUAUCUAAGAUCAAAAAUUUUUAUCGUAAAGAGUAUAAUAUUAAAGAUUGAAAUUGUAACGAAUAUAAUAAUCUAAUAAAAUUAAUAAAAUCAAGAUUUUAUCAAAAAAUACGAAUGUUCUAAAACUAUGAAAUGCAUUCGUAAAUGCAGAUAUUAUAUUAUAAGUAUAACAAAUUCAAUCAUAAAAGUAAGUAAUAAUAAAGUCAACAAAUUUUAAAAAUAAUUUCUUUUUAUACAUAUAUAUAAAUAUAUAUAUAUAUAUAUAUAUAUAUAUAUAAAUAUAUAUAAAUAUUAGAAUUUUAUAUAAAUGUUAGAAUUAAGAAUUUUAAUCGGUAUAGUUAUAAAAAAAAAAAAUGGUAAAAUAAUUCAAAUAUCGGAGUAAUUUCUUGAACGCAUAAAUUUUGCAGAGAAAUAUAAACAAAAAAUACAAGAAGAAAUAAUAAAGGAAGGACAUAGAUAGAUUAAAAAUUGUGAAAUUAGCAUCAUCUUUAGAAUGGCGUAGAUAAAACAUAAAUAUAGAUAAGAAGAAUAAAUAAUAGAAGAAUAGAGAUAGGAGAAGAAUAAGAAUUAACAAUCAACGCCAUCUUAAGUAUUCUAUUUUAUUUUUUAUCUUUAACGACAUGUCAAUAUUUCUAUCCUUCUCUUAUUAUUUGUUCUUUUUUUCUUCUAUACUUGCUUUGCAAAAUUUAUGCUCGAAAUUUAUGUUCGAAAGAUAAUCCAAUAUCUGAUAACUUUUAUUGUCUUCUUUUUUUUUUUUUUUUUUAACUUAUUGAAUAAAAAUCUUAAUCAGAAUUUUUUCCAACUAAUUUUAUAGCUUGUUUCACUUCGAUGUAACAAACAAAAUUCUUAUAAAGAUUAACGAUGUAAAAAAAUACAGAUGUUAAAAAAAUAUUAUAAUAGUAUAAAGGUGAAAUGAGAUUAUAGAACUAUUGAUAUAAAAGUAACAUCGAUUUUAUUCGUUAUGAUAUUAAUGGAUUUACAUGGAUUUACAGAUAGUUAAGUUGCUACUUACGGAGAUUAAAAUAGUUAAAUGUCAUCAGGAGUUCCAUGUUUAUUUUGUCAAGAUUGAAUGUAGUAUAUACAACAUUUAUAAUAGUUAUUACAAUGUUAUGCCUGUAAAUGUGUAUUCUUUUUUUAUUUCGAUAUUGAAGAAAAAAUUAGUAAUACUUACAAGCCGGCAUCGAACAGAUAGUUCGAUAAACGCUAACGAUUAUCUCCCUAUCAAAAUUACAAUCGAUCGAUGAAACUAUAUAUAAUGUUGCACGUAAUUUUUUUUGUUGCUCAUUUUAUGAUCGAUCUAAUGAUUUCAUGUUCUCCAUAAUCAAUUAAAAAAAAUAUGAAAAUCGAAUUUAUUAUCAUAUGAAAAAAAAAGAUCGAAAAGUUAAAACGUAUUGCCAAGUUUGCUUAAAGUUGCGAUGAGAAUAUUUUCUUUUUUAAUCUAGAUCAAGCGUUUCAAAUAAAAAUGGGUCAAUUUUUUACGAUUACAUAAAAAAAUAGGGAGCAACAAGGAUUCCUUUUUUAUAAUUUUGAUGCGAACGUUCUGUUUUUUUUUUCUCUCCUUUUUUUUUUGUUCUUUUAUUAGAACCGUUAUUCGCUAUCACGCCAUAACAAGGUGAUAAUAGUAAAUAUGUAGUUGGAUAAUAUACUAAUAGUAGUAAUAGGAAUAAUAGCAAUAUAGUCGUAAUAUUAAUAUUGACGAUGAUAAUAAUAUCAUUCUUAAUAACCAUAAUAAGAAAUUAUUUCUACCAUAUAUAAUAUUCGUCCUAUAUAACAGUCUUUUUGGCUAACCUUCGAACUAUAAACAAUAAAACAGUUUCUUCCUUCUCGAUACCGCAUCGUUAUCAAUAUGAAAGUCCAUCGAAUAAGCCAACAACAUCGUAUUCACUUUCCAAUAUCCGUCUGACAAAAAGUGACAAAAAAUUGUCCGCAAAAUUCUUUCCUCUUACCUAUCUUAUGUACUUUGUAUUACUGUCGCGCGUAUUAUUCUCUAAUAUCUUACCUCCGCUAAGUUUGUAUCCUAACAACUAUGACUAAGGAUGCUUUUAUUUUCAUUCUGAACGCUUUGUGAAUGCGCUUACCUUCUAAGGGGAUAAGUUUUUUUUUUUUUAAUUCUGUAUGAUUCUUCUGCGCGUUACAUACUAAGCAUUAAUAUAAAGUAAACGUUGUUAUAUUAUACAUUUAUAAUACGUGGGUGUUCAGCGUUUUCACAGUCCCGUUGGCUGCGGUAUCGUUAUUGAACUGGCCCUAGUCAUCGAAACAACAUGAUUCUAUCUAUCGUUAGAAAAAAAAAAAAAAGAAAAAGAAGAA